AAUUAACCAAUUCAAUUCCCUUAUUCUCCGAUUACCUUUCUAUUGCCCUUAUUUUCAGCUCUCUAUCUUUCUCUCUCCUACGUGGCUCUUCCCCUUCCAACUCAGCUUUUUCCUUCUUUUCUCUCUCCUUUACUAUAAAUUCAUUUUUCUGGGUUUUUCUUCGUCACAGUUCAUCAUCAUCAAUCAGAUUCCUUCCCCCUUCUUUAGCGUUUCUUGAUUAAUAAUUUCUGGGUAUAUUUUGUUCUUAUCCAUUUUUUUACCUCAUUCUUUCCGUGACUUGAUUGGCUUAACACACAAACAAACAAUUAUACUUCCAACAUUCGGUUGAAUUGAAUAAUUCUUUUAUUCCUUUACUUACCUCCUUCAUUUCUCAUUUAUUUUUGAUAUUAUACAAAGAUUUGGGGACAUUUAAUUACUCUGAACAAAUGUUGGACGGCAUUUUUCGCAGUAAUUUCAGAUCAAAAUGCAAAUCAUCGCUGAAUCGCACAAAAACGCGAUUAGAGGUGAUAAAAAAGAGGCGCAAUGCAAUGCAGAAGUUUCUGAAGAAAGACAUAGCUGAACUUUUGAAGAGCAACCUCGAUCGUAAUGCCUAUGGCAGGAAAACUGGAGUGAGCUAUUUAGCUUUUAUAUGGCGUCGUCUCGAAUGGGCAAAUGUUAUAUCUAUGGCAGAAGGACUAUACAUGGAGUUAAACCUGUCUUCUUGUUAUGGGUACGUUGAGCAAUGUUGCGCCACCAUAGCCGAAAAUCUCAAGGAAAUGCACAGGCAAAGUCAGUGCCCUGAAUCAUGCAGAGUUGCUGUGGCAUCAGUAAUAUAUGCUGCAGCUAGAUUUUCUGAUCUGCCUGAAUUGCGCGAUCUAAGAAACCAGUUUUAUGAAAAAUAUGGGAAAGAUUUAGAGCCAUUCACCAGUAAGGAGUUCAUGGAGAACUUAAUGGCGAGACCUCCUACAACACUAAUGAAGCUCCAAUUGAUGCAAGAAAUAGCACAAGAAUUCUCCGUGCCAUGGGAUCCCAUGCAAUUGGAGCAACAACUGCAAAGUCCUGGUCUCUCUAAAGGAAAGCCUGCAAAUAUUACCUCUGCAAACACGGGUAGUGAUGGUCAACCAUUGUUCAGAAACAAGUCCACUACGGAUCUUGUGAAAGGAAAGCAGGUUGAUAAUAAUGCCAGACAGAUUAAUAAUGAAGUGAAAACUCUUGCAGUUAAAUCAAGAAGGCGCAACUCUUGCACAGGACUGAAAGAAAAUGUUGCAGAAAAAUUACAGGAGGCAAAAAAUAGUACACAAGAAGAGCAAAUUCCAGAAAAUGCUUAUUAUAGAAAGCCGUUCACUAAUAGAAUCGUUCCUUCUCCUUAUAUUGUAUCAAAUAAUGAUACAAAUGAUGAUAGAAAACAGAAGAAUGAGGUUGAUGACUCAACUGGUAGUGUUAAGGCAAGACCAAGAUCAGUGAGAACAAAGUUCUUGAAGCCAUCAACGAGUGCAAAUUGCACAAACAGCAAUGCUGAACAUGAGACUGAUCCAAGGGGAACUUUAAGUGCGAGGGUUACAGAAUCAAGGAGACCUGAUAUUGAUCUAAAUCAUGAUGGAGAAGAAGAAGAAGAAGAAGCAAAACUUGAUAAACUUUUGCCAAAUUUUCAGAAAAAGAAGGUACCAGAAAGUUCUCAAGCUGCAGCAAGAGUAGAAGAUACUGGAACACCGAAAUUUGAGUUGCCGCCACCUCCAGGUAGAAGAAGAUACUUUUUCUCUGAAAAUGAUCAACCAUCAUCUCCAGUAAUUAAGGAACUUGGUCAGCAACAGUCUGAAUCACAAAAAACUGUGACAAAAAAACAUGUAAGAUCUUCUUCAUAUGUCAAUGAUGUACAUCCUAGGAUGCCAGACUUUGAUGAUUUAGCAGAAAGGAUAGCUGUCCUGAAAACUGUACAAGGUGAAUUUGAAUUGUAAAAAAAAAAAAAUGUUUGUCAUCUGAUCUUACCGUGAACUUUAGCUUUAAAUCUUGUAGGAAGAAGUAUACUAGUCUCUGGUUUUCUUUGUAAUUUUUCCUGGGUGCUGAACGCACGCCCCAACUGUGUAAAAUUUACAUGUAAUUCAGUUCAUUAAAAUUCCUGCAGAUUGGAAUUCUUUGACAA